UUAAGGCUUUUUCUCACGCUCACAUCCAAAUCAAGUCAAACUCAGCCCAAAAAAGUGGAGGUGGAGUGUAUCUACAACAAAGUUCCAAGAUAUAUAUUCUGAAACAAGACGUGGAGCUAGAAUUUGGUAAAACGUUGGUCAAGCUAAAAAUCCACAAUAACAAGGCUCAAUAUGGAGGGGGGAUAUUUGUGGCAGACAGUACUGAGAGUGGUGUGUGUAGAGGAGAGGAUGUAACUACUGCACGAGAUCUGACACAAACAGAGUGCUUCAUUCAAACUCUAGAUCUUCAUGGUCUUGAUAGCAAUUUUAUUAAGAAUUUGUUAACUUUGGUCCGAACUUUCUUGUUUGUUAAUGAAGAAGUUAAGUGUUUGAACAGUGCAUCAAUCAAUUAUUGCAACACUUUUUUGACUAACAACACAGCUUCCCAGUCAGGAGCAGAUAUUUACGGAGGUCUGUUUGACAGGUGUACGGUGGAUGUAUCAGCCGAACUCUCUUCAUCAGACAAUGGAUUUGAGUACUUGAACAAUACUGUGCGCUUUUCAUCAAUAGCUUCGAAGGCUGUCAGAGUGAAGUUGUGUAACAUCACCAAGCAAACCAUUUCUGUUAGAAAAGGACAAAAGUUCACAAUAAGUGUUAUGGCUGUAGACCAAGCUGGAAAUCCAAUGAAUAAUGCCAUAAUUCGUAGUUCUGUUAUAACUGAGAGCAGUAGAGUUGAUCGUCUCAAAGAAGGACAAGCACAACAAGAAGUUGGCAAUCAGUGCACAGAAUUAGAGUACAAUGUAUUCUCACAAAACAGUUCUGCUCAAGUGGAGCUCUAUGCUGAUGGCCCAUGCACCAAUUUGGGAAUUUCAAGACAAAUUCUAAACAUCUCUUUUCAAAAGUGUGAUUGCCCUAUUGGACUUAAGCCAAUUCCGUCCACAAUUGAGUGCAAGUGUGACUGUGAUCCAGUCCUGCAACAAGAAUAUCAGAUAACAAACUGUUCUGAAGAAAAUAGGACCAUAAAGCUGGAAAGUAAUAACAACAUAUGGAUAGGAGUGACUAAUACAACCAACGGAACAGGAUAUGUUGUUAGCAACUGUACAUUUGACUAUUGUGUACUAAAACCAGUCAACAUCAGUUUAAGUAACCCUGACGAACAGUGUGCCUACAAUCGAAGUGGUGUCUUGUGUGGAGAAUGUGAACCAGGACUGAGUCUUGUGUUAGGUACGUCAAGAUGUGAACUAUGCUCAAACACUUACCUUCUCCUGCUACUCCCGUUUUCCCUGGCAGGCAUAGUACUAGUUGCAUUCAUUCUCGUUUUCAACAUUACCGUAGCAACAGGUACUAUCCAUGGGCUGAUCUUCUACACCAAUAUCUUAGCAGUAAAUCAGUCGAUUUUCAUACCUUUUCGUAACGCUUUGACAGUUUUCAUAUCGUGGGUAAAUCUUGACUUGGGUAUUGAGACAUGCUUUUAUGAUGGAAUGACCUCUCAAGUGAAAGUGCUUCUUCAACUUCUUUUUCCCACUUACCUGUUUCUUCUGAUGUUCUUAAUAAUCAUUUUAAGCAAGUACUUUGACUUUUUUGCAAAGCUCCUCUCCAACAGGAACCCAGUUGCUGCCCUAGGCACACUCGUCCUACUCUCUUAUUCCAAACUCUUACGGUUUAUCAUUGCUGCAUUGCAAUACAGGGUCUUGGAUUAUCCUGAUGGUUCAACCAAUGAAUUGGAUUUUCCUAGCAAGUCAAGUGAUAUAGUUUGGCUGUAUGACGGCAAUGUGCAAUAUUUCACUUCCGAUCACAUCCCUCGAUUUGUUUUUGCCGCCAUAAUCCUAACCGGUGGUGUAUUGUUCACUGUGGUGCUCUUCUUUGGACAAUGGUUUUCUCGCUGUUCAAAAUGGAAACUCAUGAAAUGGACUACGAAUGUGAAGUACAUUGGCUUCAUGGAUGCGUACCAUGCUCCAUUCACUCCCAAGCAUCGCUAUUGGGUGGGACUGCUCCUUUUGGCUCUGAUUGCUCAUAUUCUAGUAGCUGCCAUGGCUUUGGACACUUCUCUCCCUAUUCUAUCAUGUGGGAUUCUAUCAGUUGGACUGAUCAGCUGGAAAUUACUGAACAAUCCUUUGUACAAAAACAAAUUCUGUGAUUCCCUAGAAACUCUCUAUCUACUCAACGUUGCUCUUAUUGCAUUUGGCACCUUCUAUGUCAAAGACACCAAGAGCAGUCAGUCAGCACUAUCCAUUACUUCGAUGGCUUUAUCAUUUAUCAUCUUCGUGAUAACACUCUGCUACCACUUUUACCAAUUCGUACUCAAGAAAAGUAAUACAUGGCUAAAGAUAGAGGACACAAUAAGGAACUUACGAGCUGGUGCUGCAGAUAUGAGACUCCUACAAGCUAACAAUGGCCGACAAAUGUAUCAGCUGGUAGCCGAUGAAAACGAUGACGAUAAAUUACUCGAAGCAGAAUACCAUGAGCAAAGGAAUCUCGUGGACCCACCUUACACUGAUGGAGUAAUGGAAGAAGCUGACUCUGAUCGCUAUAUCACUCCUCCCAUCAUCAGACCAGCCACGAGGCCGGACCAGCUGAGAGAGCCUGCCCUGGACGUCCUGGCCCCCCUCACCACAGAGGACUACAGACCAGCCCCUCCCCCUCCACAAGUCAAAUGUCCUACCGUUGUUACACACACAGAAAUUGGUCCCAUACAUAGAUCAUGAAGUCUGAACCGUCAUUUAUUCAACUGAUGUACAUAAAAUUAAUUAGAUGUGUAAUAGUGUUCUGUAUAGAAUGAGUCGAUUAUUCUGAUUCCAUUGUUUUACUCAGAAGCAGAAACAAAAAAACUAUGAUUAACUUGUGCUGCUAUUAUGAUUUGUGCUGUAAUUGUAGAUCCUAAUUAAUGUUAAAUUACGUAUAUCGACCACAUUAAACUUCCAAUUGCAAAUGAUAUGGCCAAUAGACAAAUAGUGUCUUGGG